GCACUAUAUGCGUAAUAAGCUAUAUGCAUGUAGAAUACAUUUUUUAUUUUUCGACAAUAUAAACAAAAACGAUCGAUUAUCAGUUUCUUCCGUGCUACAUACAUACUUGCCAAUAUACUUUCUGUCUCGAGUCUUUUACCAAACUACUAUUUGACCUGUCGAAGCAUGCGAAUAUCUUCAAGAUAAUCAAAAGUCAUCACUAUCCUCUCCUCUCGCUAUCUUCAUAACACCCACCCCUCCAACCAUCCAAUCAUCCACCUCAAAUCCACAAUGUCCCCCCCUCCUCCUUCUCCCUCCAGCACAUCACCACCACCACCCCUCCACGCCCUCCUAAAACGCAACCCCGCAAUGACCAAAGCAGAAUUCUCAACCUACUGGUUGCAAAACCACGCACAGAUUGUUUUGCCUUAUUUUCUGGGUGCGCGCGUGGAGCGUUACGUACAGAUACACGGCCCUCUAUCCCUCUCCCUCUCCCCACCCGCAUGCGCAUCCACAUCUCCAGAUUCCAAUCCCAACACCCCCAUCUCUCUCCUCCAAGCAGAAAUCGAAGCCGGAGAAUGGGACGGAUGCGCCGAAUUGAUUCGUUCUCCUAAUACUAGUGCCGGUAUAUCUUUUUCUCGUCUCUAAUCUCCUCUCUCCUCUGAUGUAUUUUGGAGGAUUUGCAAUGUCAUCGCAGGCCCAUCCAAUACAACACACCCGAAGCCACACCAGAACUAUCUUGGAAAUCCGCAUAUUAUCAGGAUAUAAUCGUAGCCGACGAACGACGAUUUCUAAUUUCCGAAGCAUUGGACCACGUUAAGAUUGUAGAAACUGGCCUCAUUACAGGUGAGAGAAAAGUGAUAAUUGAAAAUGGGAAGAGCAUGAUAGAUAUUGAUAGGGACGUGCUGGAUGUAUGGGAAGAGUAUAAGAGAAAUGAGGAAACAAGAGAGCUCUGAAAUACGGAUGAAUAUUGUAGAAGGAUGGGAUUAGAAGCGAGAGAGGAAGACCAAGAAUUCGAUUUGCAAUGAAAUCUAGAGGAAUUGAGGUGGCUAGUAGCUCAGUAGUAGACGAGAGCCGAGCUUGGUGCGGCGGUCUUUCGGUUUACAGGAUGAGAAUGGCGAGAGGAAAAUGGGAGGAGGAAAAAGGUAAGGCAAAGAAGAAGAGAAGGCUAUAUAGAGAAAGGGGAAGUAGAAAGUAACAAUUCGCGAGGUAAUUGCUCAAAAUCAAAAUCACUACGAUGUUCGACCUGGCCCA